UGUUUAAAUAGGCAGCCCUUUGCAGAGUUUCUGGUGUUCGCUGCUCUUCUCGCUUUUUUCCUUCUCUCCUUGACGUUUCCUUCAGUGUCCCGGUGCUCACACUCCGGCUGCCGCGUCACGCGGCUAAGGUUCACGAGUGCGCCCCGCUUCUUCUCGCGCUGUCACUCAGCCAGUAUGUCGCCUCGGAGGGAACUGUGACUCUCCUGUGCCCUGCUCACUGUAACCUGCUCCUUAAAUUUUGUGAAGCGGUCUAAUCACUUUCUCCGUCCCAGCUGAACUGCGGUUUGAAGUUACGUCAGACUUGAGGGAAAGUGCAGGGCAAGCAAGUAACGCAGUUAAGGAGCUAUUUUCAGACAUUACUGCCAAACCUGUGUAGACUGCUCAGUGCUCCGCGAUCAAUGCAAUUAAAAAACUUUACUGUAAAUCUAACAACAUGUGGUAAGUUGUUCUUUUGGAAAUUUCAUCUGACUAUUCCAUCAUUUAAUCGUGUUUUUCAGUACAUCAGUACGGAAUAACUUGACACUGAUUAUUAUUUUAAUGAAUGUAAGCAUCACUAACCUAUUGAAGACGUAAUGCUUUAAAACGUUUACUAUCCGCAUCAACAACUUUAGCAAUUUCGUUUUUGUAUUUUAUUUUUUUAUUAUUUUAUAACAUGCCUCACACUCGCAACAGGAAUCCCAGUCCAAUCCCUGAGGUGACUUGGGACACUGGGUUGAAAGAAAUGAACGAAACUUGGAAGGGAGCAAUCGCUUGCCUCGGAGUGGCGAUCUUUUUUGUGAUGACCAUUGGGAUCAUUUAUUGGCAAGUGGUGGAUCAGCCUAACAAGAACUGGAUCUUAAAGGGCAGUUUUAGCGGUCUCAUCUGGGAAAGGAGGACCCACUCACUCAUUAUACAGACGUUGACAGAGGAGAAGACCUUUGUGGAGAUAGACGUGGGAAACUUUCCUGAUAUGGAGGGACCUUUUGUAAAAAACCUUUGCUGGCUGAACAAGACUGAAUUUUGUUACACCUGGGACGCCAUAGCGGACUUAAAGAUCUCUUUCGAAUCGGAAUAUCCAUCUGAAUCGGAGUGCUAUAGCAUCAUCUGGACCCCACUCCACUGCAAAGUGGAUUUAAAGGAUUGCUUUUCAAUGAACAAUGUUUCCUGGUAUGGUGGAGCAGGUGUUCAAGCCCAGAAUUGGCCUAUCAAUAAUGAUAAUGUGGAAUUACAGCCUUUUGUUGUGAGCAACUUGAGAAAUAAUCCAUCAGGUUAUGGAUCUGUCUUAGAGCGAUACUUCUUAGGUUCACCUGGUGUGGCUUUACUGAUUGCUCAGGAUAUUCCAGUACACAUUUCUAUUCAGCAUAAAAAGAACAUUUGCUUGCAAACUCCUCCUAGCACAAAACUGAUGCCAUUGCAAUAUACAGUGUGUGUCAGCCGCAACAUGAAGACUGUGCAUCAAGAAGUGGAAAGUCAGUUAUUGGAACAGCCACGGGCACUGCCAAAUACUAACAUCCUAAGGUUACCUUUCUGGAAGAUGCUUGCAAAUGUAGAUUCAGCUGCAAAAGUUGAAAGAGAGCUGCGAACAUUUUUCAGCCGUUUGAAGCGACAUAACCUGGGUGAAGGAGUAAUUAGCAUUGAUGAACAUUCCACAUUGUUAAUUUCUGACAUGGACCAUGAUUCUUUCUUCGGCAGGAAAAAACAUAUAACAAGAGAAAUCUGGGAUCUUCCAAUUGUUAAACUUCUAAACAUUUCCAUUACCCUGUCGCCAUACACCAGUGUUGACACCAGUCAAUUCCAGAGUUUAAUACAAGAGGGUAAAGAAAACUUUUGGCUUUCUUCACAAAGAGAUGCACAUCAGGCACCAUUGUUGACAAAGUGGAAGGGCAAGUUUUCUGUGAAGCUAAACAUCACAAAUCACAUUGCAGUCAGCUGGUUUUUGGACAGAGUGAACAAAUUUCAAGAGAAACUAGGAGUGGAAUACAUCACAUUAGAAGGUGGAGAAGGCAACCUCUUUACAGAACAUGGUCUGAAUGCUCCUAAAAUUUUGGUUGGGGAUGAAUACAUUGGUCUCUUAGCUGCUUUAGCAUCCAGAAUUGGGAAAUCAUCGAUUAUAACAGCUGGGACAAGAUCCAGCCACUUACCUGUUUUUGUUCGAAUGAGCCCACUGGAGUCUGACUGGAGCUAUUCUGGUUUAAAGGGCAUUAUUCCUUCAGUUCUACACUACAGUCUUCUGGGAUACAAUUUCUUCAUUCCUGAUGCAGUAGGUGGUUCACUGUCAAAUGAAUUUGUUACAGACGAGGAACUGUUCAUUCGCUGGCUUGAAAUUGUGACUUUUCUGCCUGUUAUUUCCUUUAGAACACCGCCCUGGGUUUGUGGAGAAGAUAUGGUGCUGAAUCUUACGAGGACGUACAUAACCAAACAUCGGGAGUUUGUAGUUCCUCUCAUAAUUAAAUAUGCAGAUGAGUGGGCUUCAAUGGGGACGCCGAUUUUUCGACCACUUUGGUGGAUUAGUCCUGAUGAUCCAACCACUUAUACUAUUGAUGAUGAAUUUCUUAUUGGAAAUGAGUUACUUGUGGCCCCAGUGACGGAGCGUGGUGCUGUGCAGAGGAACAUCUAUUUUCCAGGAAGUGAAUAUCAGUGGAUAGAUACAAGCAAUGCCAGAGUUUUUGAUGGUGGGACGCAGGUGGACAGCUACCCUGUUGCAUUAGAAGAAGUGGCUGUUUUCCGUCGUUUGGAUUUUUGAAGAGCUCUUCCUUUUUUCACACUAGUCUUCAGAUUUUUUUAUACAUUAAAACACUAUAAGUGUAAUGUGACAAGACCAUGUCUUGAGACAGACGUUUCUUUUACUGUGUAUACUAUAUUUGCACUUUACCAACCUUUCUUUAUUGAAGUGGCUUUUUAAAGUAUCUUAUGUCCUUUGGCAAUAUUGGCAACAUAUCUUACAGAAGACUAAUUUGGGCGUUUACACUGGAUGCAUCCUGACAAGUUCUUUCCAAAGUUUACCAAAACAAUAUUUUUGUUUACCAAUAGAGUGAGUUAGUCCUUUAGUUCUCACUAAUAGCUAAUUUUUAUAUAUAAAAGACUCUCUGUUGAAGUAAAAGUCAUUGGAAUUUGUGCAGAUUUAAAGUUCUUUGCUGUGCCACAUUUACAGAAUAUCAAUUAAGCCUCUUCGCUGGAUUUGUCGAACAGUCCUGAUGUGCGUCAGUCUUCUUAUGAUGUUUCUCAUUUCACCAAUACUGUUAUUUUACUGUUAUGUGAGCAAAUGGAGUAAUCCUGGAGCCAUUUAAGCAAAAUCACACACAAAGGCAUCUACUAAGGAAGUUGGGGUGGAAUGUUUUACUCUGUCAGCUUCUAGCCUUUAUUUAAUAGAACUUUAGUACAGCGGUAUCAGAUGAGACUUCCAUUGUACAUUGCAGACAGUUUUUUAUGACAGUUACCUGUCUUUUUUGCUAGUGCAGAACAUCUUUUUUAUGACAUUUUUUUGUAUACCGGCACUUUUUUUGAUACACUUAGCAAUAUUUAACUUGUUUUUUCUUUAGUAUGGACAUUUGUGCCUCCCUGUGUUUUAAACAUCAACUUUUACACUCCUAAGGCUUUGUAUGGCCCCUGCAUGCGUUUGCCAUGUUCAUAUGGGUUUCCUCUCACAUUCCAAACUCAUGUUGUUAGACUGAUUAACCCAUUGUUCAUGCAAGCAGAUAGAAAUCAUUACAAGGUUGACUCCUGCCUUGUACUUAACAGAGGCUGAAGAAGCUCAGACUCUCUAUUACCUUAUGAUGAAUGAAGUGAGUAAAAGCUGAUGAGGGAGUACAAACAAUCAUUGUUACAUAGUGCUUUUCGUACAGCAUAAUUACAUGAGUUACUUCAAAAAGCACAGAAGAAUACAAAUAUCUUUUUAUAUAGUGCCUUUUGAAAAGACAUGGCAAAAUUGUCUUCAGUGCCACUUCAUAUUGUGAGCUCUUAAAGGGCAGGAGGGAGAAAGGAGUUCAGUUGCAGUGGAUUCAUGUUAACAUUUGAAACCUGUUGGUGGUAUUUAAAUCAGGAUGAUUAGCAAAACACUAAAGAGAUGCAAAACAUAAUUUUCCAUUUUUUUUUAUCAGACUGGGUUAAUCCAAUUUAAGGUAAUGGGGGCCCUAGAGCCUGCCUCCACAGCACUAGGUAGGCAGUGAACUAUCUCUGAACAAGACUCUACGCUGAUUUUUUCUUUUGGCUAUCUCUGCGUUCCAUGUACAGUGUUUUGGUCCUCUGUGACUCGAAAUUGGGUUAAGUAAGAGAAUGUUACACACACAGAAUUCUGUAGCAUACUUCUGAUAGUAUUAUUGGCAUCCUGUCCAGAGUUGAUUAUUGCAUUCUGAAUUGAAAAGUCGAGUACAGGUAAAGGAGUACUGGAUGAAUGAAAGAAAUGAAUCUUUGUUGUGCCUUUCACAGACCAUUUCAGAAAAAAUAAGUAUUUUGUUUAAAUGUGUACCAUAUGUAUAGCAUAUAGCAUCUUGUGCAAAUCUUCAGAACUUGUUUUUUUUUUUUUUUUUUUGCUGCUUAUAAAUACAAUGUGAGUUUCAUUAAAGCAGCAGAUCGGUUUGCUGAUAUACUUGUUUGGUGUCCCUUAAAUGUUUACGGUCACUAGUGUAGUUAAGUAAGUAGAAUUUGGAAUGCUGAGGUUCCAACACCUGGGGAUAAGAGAAUUUUGUAGGGUAUUAUUGUAUAAUCAUGUGGUGAGUGAGGCUUUCCAAAAUUUAUUAUGGGUUGGCCUAGUCUUGUGCACCCUAAGCUUAACACACAGAGAAUCUAGGCAUGCAUACACUAAAUCACUGAUUAUGAGUGAUGCUUACAUAGUCUUAUCACUCUUCAGUACUUGAGAUAAGGACUUGCUAGCUUUGGUUUCAGCCAAUCCGACUGGUGUUCCCCUUACACCUCCCCUUUCCUCUCACUAUUGGAGGCAUCCCACUUCAGCCGCAGUCUCUGUUGGAGAGAUAUGGCAAUCUCCCCACACUAAGUCCCUUGGAGCACUGAAUAAUAGUAAUAAAAUAAAAUUACAAAAGCAAAGUCUGAAUAUAAAGCCCUAAUUAAAUAAUACUCUUGUUUUAAAGUCAAAAAGCUUAAUGCCAAAUUUUAAAAAAAUAUUACUUAUGAAGUGAAGAGCAAUGUCCCUAAAAGGACACUAUAUGCAAGAGAGAGGGAAUGAGUGUCUUCAUAUGGGCCUGUCUUUAUUCUGACGUUAGGUUUAUGGACAGCAUACUGACAUCCAGACAGUUGAGCUGCUCUCUUAGCCCUGGAUGAUCCGCAAUUUGUGCCACUUUUCCCAUAUGAGGUUCUUGACCCUGCGGUGUUACAGAUAAUUGGCUAGAUACUAUAAUGGAUGAUUUGUCCCAGAAGCUUUAAUCAUAAAAGUAUGUUGUACAGAGCACCAGUCCUCUUAUUUACAAACUAACAAGUCAUUCUAACCUAAGAUUACAACUUGGUUUACACUGAGACAAAAAGAAAAUAUGUAUAAGCUAGAAUAGAUAGUAAAUAGAAUUAUACAUCAAAGUAUAAAUCAAAACUCCACAGCAGUUGCUCUAUGUGCUAAACCCUGUGAGUGAAGGUUUAUCUUCAUAAAAAAAUGUUCAUAAAUGAAUAUCAGUUCACUGAAUUUUGUCUGAUAAACUUGCAGUAUAAAGCAGUUUGCUGAAGUUUUUGAAGCAAAAACGCUUUGGACUUAGGAAAGUUGAUUUUGUCCAUCAUUUAUGAUGGCCUCUUUUAACUUUUUUACCACAAGUAAAGAGCUUGAGUUGUAUUUAUUAAUCCUCCCAUAUACUGAACUUAUUAAAAACAAUUUUAGAUUUGUCUGUCUCAUAGCUCUGGGUGUAAGGCAGAAACAAACUUACCAAGGUGCCAGUCCACCCAAGAACACACUUACACAAAUACUGCCAGGCUAGCUUAGAGUUUUCAGUUAGCCUAACCUGCACAUCUUGGGCAUGAGAGAGGAAAGAAGAUUCCCUGGAGAAACCUCACCAAAACAUGACAACAUGCAAAGUCCAUACAGAGAAUUGGUCAGUUGUAAGACAGCAGUACUAAUCGCUGUGACUGUGUGAUAGUAUUUAAUAUGUAAAGUAGUCCUUGAAAGUUGGUGAAUCCGUCAGAGUUUUCCAUAUGCCUGUUGUGUGGUGGUUCUCACGUUCAGUCCUCGUGUUGUGGGGGGGCCCAUGUGGCUUCUCUUAAUUGGAUGCCUACCAUAAUUAGGCAAUGCAUUAUUUCCCAAUUUAUAAGUUUUAGCAUCCAUUCCAAAAUUACAAACUAGUUACAACGUAUUUUUACUGAAUGCAGCAGGAAUUUAUUUGUGGUAGGUAGGUAAGAAUUCAUUCUCUUUACUUAUAAUUUUGGUUUUUAAUGUUUUAGUUAUUUAGAUAAUUAUUUACUAAUAUGCACACAAGUGGGUAACACCUCCUUGCUCCUUUCAAAGUCAUUUGCGCUAGUGUCUGCUCUGCUCAUCGAUUGUCAGUAUUCAGAUGCAAUUAAGCAAAGCAAAGUCCACAGAAAAAGUAAAUAAAAAAUACAAAUAUGUCUUAAUGUCCUAUAAAUGUGAAGGUGACACUAACUGUGCUUUUCUAAAUGCAAAAUAAAAUCAAAAAAUUGAUCAGCUAAUUAAACAAUGAGAUCAAUUAAAGGUAACAAUGGCUGACCAUUGACCAAAUUAGUUGGAACAAAAACCUGAAGCCACAGGCAGCCUUCAGGACUGAACCUAAGAACCACUGCUGUAGUGCAUACUCAGUAAUAGGCCUGUAUACUGUAUAUAAUUCUACAGUAUAUUAUAUAGUAUAUAGUAGUAGGAUGGUGAAGGUGUAUUAAAUACAUUUUUUUUUAAAAAUCAUAUAUAUGAAUAGUAUGGGCUUGUGCAUACAGUAGAUACCAGUGAAGCUUAUGUUGGUGCUAGCUUGGAAUCCAUGAAGGAAUUCUGUAAAAAAAAAAAAAACACACACACAUACACAAGAAGGACAUGUGAAUUCCAAAUAAAACACAGAUAACCGUUUUUUGUGUGACUGCAGUGCUACCUGCCAUGAAACAGCUCUGCUCUGUAUGUACUUAUAUAAAUACACACACUGGUUAACAUACAGUAUUAAAAUACAGCCUUACCACUGCCUGAUUAAACCAAAGUGUUUAUGCUAGGGAUCCCUAAUUGCCAGACCUUUUUUUGCUGUUACAGCAUGUAAAGGAUUAAUUAAAUGUAUCUGGUGUUUAAUCAUCCCCUAGUUGUUCAGGCUUAGAUCUUAUUUCCCUAUUUCUUUGUACACUAGUCACUUAGUUAAGGGAAAGUCUCAAUGGGUCGCAUAAUAGAACAUGCUGAUGGUGCUUGUACCUAAAUAGAUGUUAAAAACUUUCAAAUGUUUUUUGUGUUCAAAUUAACUCUUCACUGCUGGUGAGUAACACUAUGUCCUUUUAAAUUUUAGAAAGCCUUUUCUUAUUUGUGUUUUGUCUUGUAAUACUCAGGUUUCAUUGGUUAUAUUUGUCUAAGUCCAUAAAUAACUAUAGGGAUAAAUGGUUGCCAAUGUCAGAGCCUUCAAUAUUUCUUCCAUCCUUUUAAAAGGAUUGAGCACUUAAUUCACUCUGGGAAGUAAAUCUAGCAAGAAGUAAUAAGAGGCACAUUUCAAAGACAUAUCAGGGUCAUUAAAACAGUGUAGAUUUUUUGCUCUCAAGGACCACAAAUGGACAGCUUAUUUCAGGCUUCAAUGUCUUAACAUUUGCACAGUAUGAGUUGUGCUCUCCAUGAAAAUAGCUUACUUUUCUUUGUCGGUGUAUGUGUUCCUUGAAUUGCACCUUGCCUAAAAUGUGUAGGAAACAGGUAUUUUGACUAAUUGUUUAUUUUUAAUACUGCAAUUUGGUAAAGUGAAAUGAUUUAAAUGAUGCUGAUAAUUCUAUUUUUCCUUUUGCUUAACCUUACUGUUUUUCUCAGGUGAAGCUGUCAAUUACCCUUUUACUGCCUUUUAAGGUGCUGCUCUGUUCACAUGCUGCAUUACUUACUUUUGUUCUUUUCUACACCAAGCAUUUUCCGUUUCUUUGAAAAUGUUUUUAUUUUAUUCAUUUCAAUUUAUAGUCUGUAUCUGAGCCCAUAUAUGUAACAAGUACUGGAUAGUUUGGGUAAUGGUGCUUGGCAGUGCUUUAUAAUAAGUGUUGUGUUCUU